AUGAAGCCCGUUACCAGGAACGCGGAUUCCCUGAAGAACCUGACGACGAGGCUGAAGGGGUUAAAGUUAUCUUUAAGUAACAUUAGCCAGUAUGUUAAGAACUUUAAGGAGGGUACCCCUGUCGCUCAAAUCAAUGUUCGUCUCGAAAAGUUAGAUAGUUUGUGGGUUCAGAUAAGUGAGGCAAUCUGGGAAAUACAAGCGCACGAGGACUUCACGGAGCCCGAAAGUUUGCAGAGGGAGCAGUUGGAGGUGGAGAACCGCUACUACGAUGCGAAAUCGUUUCUGGAGAGGAGAGGAGAGGAGAGGUUCAAAACAAUUCCGUCCAGAACCAGUCUAUUCGCCCUGGAGAUGCCACUCUACAUGAGUUUCGACGGGAACAUCGACGACUGGCUCAGCUUCAGGGAUCUCUACACGUCUCUGAUCCAUGAGAAGCCAGACCUACCCGAUGUGGAAAAAUUCCACUACCUCAAGGGGUGCUUAGCAGGCGAAGCUAAGGCACUGAUAGAUCCGCUAAAGAUCACCAGGGACAACUAUCAGGUUGCUUGGAAGUCGUUGCUAAAACGCUACAACAAUAGCAAGCUCUUACGGAAGAAGCAAGUGCAGGCUCUCUUCAAACUGCCGUCCCUCACCACGGAGUCAAUCGCGGAUCUUCACAGGCUGGUCGACGGAUUCGAUCGUGUGAUUUUGACCCUGGAUCAGAUCAUCCAACCGGCCGAGUAUAAAGAUCUGUUGCUGGUCGAACAUCUAAGCGCUCGUCUCGACCCGAGCACACGGCGGGGAUGGGAGCAUUCGUCGACGAAGGAGCAGGACACCAUAUUAAGGGACUUACUGGAGCUCCCGCAGCGGAGAAUCCAAAUUCUCGAAGCUCUACCAGUGAAGGCGGAGUCAAAAGUUGUCGAGCAGUCGCUACCACCCAGGAGAAGGCCGUUUUCAUCGAAGGUCAGCAACAACGCCGUCCAGUCCAACAACGCUAAGUGUCCCUCGUGUGCGCAGAUACAUGGACUUCAUACGUGUCCAUCCUUUUUGAAGUUGUCGUUGUCCAGUAGGGAAUCAUUCUUGCGUGCGGAAUCCCUCUGCCGCAAUUGUCUCAAGCGUGGUCAUCUGGCUCGGGAAUGCACUUCAAAAUUCUCCUGUUGGCAUUGUAAGGGUCGACACCAUUCGUUACUUUGCUUCAAGGGAGGAGAACGCAAGGGUAGCCAAGGAUCCCCCAGGAGAUCGAGUUCAGGAGGGAGUCCGAAACGGGGUAGUACAAGCGCAAGGUCGAGGGCAGCGAAUGCUUCAGCGGUCGAAUCUACUUCUUCCAACGCGGCGCAGUGUGGGUCAUCCCAAGUUCUUUUGGCUACAGCUGUCGUAGUGAUCGAAGACGAUGUAGGAUGUCGCUACCCAGCACGAGCACUUCUGGAUUCAGGGUCAGAGUGCAACUUUAUCUCCACUAAACUAUGCCAGGCGAUGAGCGUUUCCGUACAGAAAGCCAACAUUUCGAUUCAGGGCAUCGGGCAGUCCGGAAUAAAGGCAUCGCACAAAAUUAAAGCUGUCGUCAAGUCCCGCGUUUCGUCGUACGCUCGAUCUAUGGAGUUCCUUGUGUUACCGAAGGUCACAGCGAGCCUGCCAACGACCACUAUUCAGGCAAGUGGAUGGGACAUACCUGUAGACAUCGAGCUGGCGGAUCCAGAGUUUUUCCGGUCGAGGAAGAUCGAUUUGGUAUUGGGCAUCCAAGCUUUCUUCACCUUCUUCCCGUCAGGAAGUGAAAUUCAAUUAGGCAAGAGCCUGCCUGUAUUGACAGAGUCUGUUUUCGGAUGGAUAGUGACAGGUGAAGUCACAUCGGAUAGUCAGGCGACUAGAUACUCCUGCAACAUGGCAGUGUCGGACGAUCUGGAAGAGAUAAUGGCACGGUUUUGGUCCUGCGAGGAAGUGGGAGCCGUCAACAAACACUCCCCGGAAGAAAGCCGCUGCGAAGAGCUGUUCGAAAACACUGUGAAGCGGGAAACGGAUGGACGUUACACAGUUACCCUCCCAAAGAACACUGAAGUGCUGGCGAAAAUUGGUGAAUCGAAAGACAUCGCAUUGAGGCGAUUACGAGCUGUAGAGCGAAGGUUGGUGAAAGAUCCUGAUCUACAGAGACAGUACAGCGAUUUUAUGACCGAAUAUAUCAAUCUCGGUCACAUGCGAAAGGUGGACGAACCUGAGGAGAAGGCAGUCAAACGGUGUUUUCUGCCACACCAUCCGGUAAUCAAGGAGACUAGCACCACGACCAAGGUGAGAGUGGUAUUUGAUGCCUCCUGUAAGACUUCUACUGGAAUAUCCCUCAACGAUGCGCUGUAUGCUGGACCAGUAGUACAGCAAGAUCUUAGGUCGAUCGUCCUUCAGAGUAGAACUCGUCAGGUGAUGGUGGUUGCUGAUGUCGAGAAGAUGUUCCGGCAAAUCUGGACGAAAUCCGAUGACACUCCGCUACAAUGCAUCCUGUGGACUGGACUAGAUGGCAAGGUUUCUAUAUACGAGCUGCUGACGGUGACGUACGGUACCAAAUCGGCACCAUAUCUGGCUACACGUACUCUGAAGCAACUGGCAUCCGACGAGCGGGAGCGGUUUCCUCUGGCGGCUACGACGAUCGAAGAAGACGUGUAUAUGGACGACGUUAUUUCAGGAGCGGGCGACGUCGAAUCUGCGAUCGAAUUGAGGCGACAACUCGACGCAGCGAUGAUCAGCGGAGGAUUUAAACUGCGAAAGUGGGCUUCUAAUCGUCCGGAAGUACUCGAAGGGAUUCCGAACGAAUGUUUGGCGUUACCGGAUGCAAACGGUAUUGAUUGGGACCAGAACGCGGAGGUGAAAGCAUUGGGCUUAACAUGGCUACCCAAUGUUGAUCGUUUUCGGUACAAGUUCGAGAUUCCUCCUCUCACGGCAAACCAGAUUAUUACGAAGCGGCAAGUGCUGUGUUUCAUAGCGAAGCUUUUCGAUCCGCUUGGUCUGCUCGGAGCAACGAUUACCUCAGCGAAGGUUUUUAUGCAGCGGCUUUGGUGCUUGCAAAACGAGAAAGGUGAAACUCUUCAAUGGGAUGACCCGCUACCCGAAAUGGUGGGUGAGGAAUGGCGAAAGUUUCACGAGCAAAUCCCAGUAUUGAACGAUGUACGGGUUCCACGGUGCGUUAUAGUUCCAGGAUCGGUAUCCGUAGAAUACCACUGUUUUUCGGAUGCUUCGAUAGUCGCAUAUGGUGCGACAAUCUAUGUGAGAAGUCAGAUAGAGGAUGGCUCGGUUUCGGUUCAUCUGUUGACCUCGAAAUCACGGGUGGCGCCGCUCAAGACGCAAUCUCUACCACGAUUGGAACUCUGCGGAGCACUGUUGGCAGCACAACUCUGGGAAAAGGUGGCAGAAUCGCUGAAGAUAGAAGACAGGGUUUAUUUCUGGACGGACUCUACCUGCGUUCUUCAUUGGAUCAAGUCAUCGCCAGGUACUUGGACCACUUUCGUCGCGAGCAGGGUUGCGAAGAUUCAAGGCUUGACGGGAGUAGACAAAUGGAGGCAUAUUCCAGGGAACACCAACCCAGCAGACUUGAUAUCGCGUGGAAUACUACCCAAUAACAUCCGUGACAAUGAACUGUGGUGGCAUGGGCCCACAUGGUUAAAGCAAGACCAUAGGGAGUGGCCUGUAGCCACGGAAGCACCACCGAAGGAAGAAUUGGAAAAGCGACGCAACGUGGUGGUUUGCGCUUCGUCGAAGGAGUCCGAUUUUCUUUCGGAUUAUCUAGUAAGAUUUUCGACGUUCACAAGGUUGAUUCGGAUGACAGCAUACUGGUUGCGCUUCCUGAAUAACCUACGGUGUCCAGCCGCAGAAAGGCAAACGGGAUUUCUAUCUUCGUGUGAGCUACAUCUCGCUGAGCAGCUGAUAAUUCGGAAGGUUCAGGUGGAGUCUUUCCCGGACGAGCUGUGCAAGUUAAAAUCGGGCACGUCAGUAUCACGGAACUCACCUCUACGGUGGUUCAAUCCUCGGGUCGAUGAGAACGACGUUCUGCGAGUCGGUGGACGAUUAGCUCAUUCGGAAGAAUCACUGCAUUCUAAGCAUCCAAUCAUCCUACCGAAAUAUCUGCACGCUGGACCGCAGCUUCUACUUAGUUCAGUUCGACAGCGGUACUGGCCGCUUGGUGGCAGAAAUCUGGCGAAGAAGAUCGUUCAUCAGUGUCAACGUUGUUUCCGGGCUAAACCGAGUACAAUCCAGCAACAAAUGGGAGAACUGCCAGCAGCAAGAGUCUCUGUUUCAAGGCCGUUUUCGAAAACCGGCGUAGACUAUUUUGGGCCGGUAUACUUGAAGGAAGGAAGGGGGCGUAAACCAACGAAAGCGUACGUUGCAAUUUUUGUGUGUAUGGCUACGAAAGCCGUCCAUAUGGAGUUGGUGUCAGAUCUAUCGACGGAGCGGUUCCUGCAAGCUUUGCGAAGAUUCUUUGCGCGCCGUGGGCGCUGUAGUGACGUCUAUUCAGACAACGGUACCAAUUUCGUAGGCGCAAGAAACCAGAUCCGAGAACUUUUCGUGUUACUGAAGGAGGAAAAACACCGAGCCGCUGUAACGAGGGAAUGUGCAGAUGAAGGAAUUUACUGGCACUUCAACCCUCCAAGUGCCCCGCAUUUUGGCGGAUUAUGGGAAGCCGCGGUUCGUUCAGCCAAAUUCCAUAUAUUGAGGGUACUCGGUGGAAAUCCAGUAUCGCAUGAGGACUUCACCACAUUGUUGGCACAAGUAGAAGGAUGCCUUAACUCCAGACCAUUGACGGCGCUAUCCGAUGAUCCGUUGGACUUGGAGUCUCUAACACCGGCGCAUUUCUUAGUCGGAGCAUCACUUCAUGCUUUGCCCGACCCAGAUCUUGGAGACGUCCAGCUAAACCGAUUGUCACGGUUCCAGCUCAUACAGCGACAAUUACAGGACUUCUGGAAACGAUGGCGCCGGGAAUAUCUGUCACAACUUCAAGCUAGAGGGAAGCACUGGCAGCCGGCAAUAGACGUGAAGGUAGGAAGGCUGGUUGUCAUCGUCGAGCCUAACAUACCACCUAUGCAGUGGAAGAUGGGCCGGAUUCAGGAACUACACCCUGGCGCGGAUGGAAUAACUCGAGUGGUAACGCUAAGAACCUCAACCGGGUUCAUGAAAAGACCGGUAGCCAAAUUGUGUAUGCUGCCAUCGCAGAAUCAGGAAGAUUAG